AUGGUCUUCUCACCGUCUUCACCGAUUUCUCCAGGUUAUCUUAACCCAUUCCGUAAACAAAUGGACAAGUUGAAGAGCUCUCCACCUCCGUCACCAACACAAUUGUCACCAUCAUGGUGUCUUUGGUUGGUUUCUGCCCUACAGGGCCAUGAACUCACCAGUGAUGUGAGACGUCAGCUUGCUGAUGAUAUUGAACAAAUGGGUUACGUCGAGCAAGAAGAUCUCAUUGAAUUUCUUGAGACAGGAGCUGCUCCAUCCACACUCGAAAACAACGCCUGUAAACAAUUCCUUUGUAAUACUACAGAACUCUAUUCAGCACUCGAUUCCAAAGACCCUGAGACAGGAGCUGCUCCAUCUACACUCGAAAACAACGCCUGUAAACAAUUCCUUUGUAAUACUACAGAACUCUAUUCAGCACUCGAUUCCAAAGACCCUGAGAAUUUGGUCGCCCUGUGGGAUCAGCUCUUCCACAACAUUCUCCCAGCGCUACAAAGUGUACUCUACCCCCUACAGCGAACUCGUCCAGGUUUCGACCUCCGUCGAACAAUUCUUACAAUAUUUCGUGACAGAGUACUUAGUAAGAUUCUGCGUGAUGUCCAGAAUCGAAUACCUAUUCUGGAGCCAAUGCUCUAUACAGUACUCUUAGAAACGGAUAGUCAAGAUGAGGAAAGCCGACAGUUUGCCAUUUUGGCAAGCCGGAUAAUGGGCACCAAAAACAGGCGUUCAGCAGUCACAGUCACCCGAAUACGUUCCCGGACGUUGCCUAAUAAACCAUCGAAAAAGGUUACGUGGAGCGAUAUGCGGAAGUCGGCUACAUUCAGCCUUUGA